GCUCAAAGCCCUUGCAAUCGUAAAUCUUUUUCCAUUGCAUUACCCAAUAGUAAUAUCCAGCACCAUCCACUUCAAGCUCUUCGUCGUCACCUGUGGAAGGUCUGUUCGGCCCUAAUCUCAUCAUUUCUCUUCUUCUCGCCGUCUUUGCGUUGAGCUCGUGGCGCCGCCGUCGCAAAGGGUUCCUCUUCUCCUUUUCUCCUCUCAAGGCUCCUCUCCUCUUCGAUCUCUCUCUCUGUCUGAGCUCAUCGUCCCUCUUCGAGCUCUCUCUCGUUCUCUUUGUCCGAGUCCCGUUCCUCCGUCGCCGUCACUUCCCAUCCUCCCUCGCCGCCAACAGGGGAUAACGUGAAAAAUAUAUAAAACAUUGAGCAGAGUGUCAGUGACCUCAACUACCAGCCAUGGCAAUAAGCUUCCAUUCCCUCACUCUACCUUCAGCUAUACUGAAGAUAGAGCUAAGAGCCCCAAAUUCAUGGAGCCCUAGCCUUACAGUUAGCUCACAGAUGAUGUCCCAAAUGCGAAAGGAUAGUCGGGGACGACGAAUAUGGCGGCGAAGGAGAUUGACUAAAAAGGAUGAAUACUUGCCGUUCAAGAUGGAGCGGGUACCUUUCCUGGAGGAGCAAGUUCGGAUUAUAAAGGAGCAGGGGAAACUGUUGACAUUGGAUAUAUACAAAUUGUUGUUAUCAGAGGACAAUCAGUUUGAUUUUGUGAAUGAGAUAGCAGCUGAGGCAAAUGAAUAUGUUGAGAACAAUGUAGAUGAGUAUGGAGGUGAGAAGAAGGCCAUUCUUCAUGUUCUGAGCAACAGAAUGAACGAUAUGGGGUUUCCCCGACCAGAUGCAUAUGCCGAGUCUGAUCCCUUCAAGCCUGGGCCUGAUUAUUUGAAACAAGAGUUCACAUGAGUUCAAAUCAAAUGUUAUGCCGAUAUCUUAAAGUAGGGUUGAAAAAUCAAUUUUUGCUUCACUUGCAUAGUUGAUGUUAGUCUAUGUUGGCUGUAGUUAUUUGUAUGCGUAAAAUUAAAAGCUAUCUUGAAAGUAUAUUUAAAAAAGAAUGACUGUAUUGUGCAAUUACACCAUUGUUCUAUAUUUGACACUUUCCGAAAUCGUUAACGAAACGAUUUACCACUGAA